GGUCGUUCUGUCAUCUGUCAUCACAAACAAGAAAUGGGGUUAUUUUUGUGAUGUUCAAGAAACAGUUUUGUCUCUCUCUCCUCAAGGGUCUACAGUUUUCAAUUUACCAUCUGUUUUAUCUUUAAAGCACCGAAAUACCAAGCAAUUAUGGCUGAUAUAGCUGACUUAAAGAUUGGAAGUUCAGAUUUUAAUCCAGACAAAUAUGUCAGAGAACUUUCACAACGAUGUGUUGGUGGUCAAGAAUUACAGCAACAAUAUCAGAAGAUUCAAAGUCUUGGAGAGGACACCAGUGCUCAGCUGAAAAGGAAUGUAUAUCAGAACUAUACACAGUUUAUAGAAACAGCCAAAGAAAUAUCACAUCUUGAAAGUGAGAUGUAUCAGUUGUCUCACUUAUUGACUGAACAACGUUCCUUGCUAGCAGCUUUAGCUAGUACAUCGUUACUUGGGGGCACUAACGCUGGAGCUGCCACAGGGGGAGAGAGUUCCACAGAUGUCACUGCUGAACCAGAAAAGCAGUUCCAGAUAGAAGAUGAGGAACGUAGAAGAAAGCUAACAGCUGCGUUGGAAAAAGUUGAGGGUUGUGUUGAUUUGAUAGAAUCUCCAGCAAGAAGUGUAAUUCAUGAAGGUGAUCUCUUGGAACUAGAUCCUACAGAAGGCACUGCCAUGCAACGCAUGCAUGCAUUUCUUUUUAAUGAUGGUCUACUCCUAGCCCCUUGGAUCCCUAACAGACGAGGACCAGCUCGAUACAAAUUCCAAACACUUAUUGAACUGGGAAGUUUUGCUGCAGUAAAUGUUCGUGACAUGGGAAGUGUGAAGACAGCUUUUAAGCUACUGGCCUUCCCUGACACUCGCUUAUUUCAGUGCACUAGCAAUCAAAGCAAGAAAGAGUGGCUUGAAAAAUUUGAAGCAGCAAAGAAAGCAGCUCUGGCCCAAGAACAACCUAAACGGCAAGAGUCUGUGGCUACCUCAGAAACGUCCCCUGUACGUAGUUCUAGUGUUGACUCUUCAUCAGGAAUGAACCCAUUUGAAGAUAAUUGUGCUGUAAGCUCACCAGAUAUUGCAGAAUUACCUGAAUGGCUCCUUGAACUUCCAGAGGACCUCGAUGUUUGUAUAGCUCAGAGGCACUUUGAAGAUGCAUAUGCUCUGCUCCAGAAGGCUAAUCAGUUUACUUUUCCUACAAGUAAAGAUCCUCAGCUUUUAGAUAUAAGACGUAAAGUUGAUGGGCGUGGGAGAGCACUUAUAGAAGUUCUGAUGAAAGAGCUGGAAGUCUCUCCAGACAAAUCUCUCCAAGGAGGUUUACGAGCUGCUAGGCGUGCUGUUCGAUUGCUCAAUCAGUUAGGCAGGUCUUCGCAGGCAUGUGAUCUCUUCCUGAAAUUGUGCAGUAGUAUUUUAAAAGCACAGUUAAGACGAGUGAAACGAGAAGGUGCAACUGUUGUUUAUGUCAAACACCUCGGAGGAAUUUUCUUUUCUAACAUGAUGGACAUGGCAAGUGAAUUUCUCAGAGCCUUUCCAAACUCUCCAAGCUGUGCAUCUGCACUUGUUGUGUGGGCUGGUUCAGAGCUCACUCACCUCACAAGUCAUUUGGUGAAGCAAGUAUUCAUGCCUCAGUCACCCAUCUCUACUCUUUCAGAAUGUGUUGUUACCAUUCGAACCCAGUGUGAUCAGUUAACAUCUUUGGGUAUCGAUUUACGAUAUCAACUUGAUGGAUUGCUAAGGUCUCCACUUCAAAGAGCUCUCAGUGAUGCUAGAGAUAAAGCGGUUGAGGCAGUUAAACUACGAGCAGUUGAAGACAAGUGGCGUCCAACUAAUCUUGGAAAUAAAGAUGCUUUGACUAAAUUUGUGAUGGAAACUGGUUUGUCUCCCAACCAUAUGCAAAAAUAUGUGCAAGGAGAAAGCUGGAUUGUACUCUCUGCUAGUACAGUUGCUUUCACAAGACAAUAUUUAUCUCUCUUGGAGGAUUGUUUAAGGCUUUGUACAACAGAGUUGGCACAUACAGUUGAUCAAGUAUUAACAGAUGUUUUUGGUGCUCAGUUGUCACAUGUAGAAGUAAAUCUCCAAAGUGACAAGUUGGGAAAUCCUGAGAAAUCUUUUAUUCAAAAGAACGCAGCCUUUCUAUUAAGCGAACUUUUGCCUUUGGUGACCAAAACAUAUCAGGAAAGACUUAAUAACCCAUGUCAGACCCUUGAAGUUUUGAAAACUAAGUUUUCGUGGAUGAAGCCAGCUGAUGGUGAUGGUGGUGAACCCUCACCAGCACCAGCUCCAGCAAAACGCCCUACUCCAUUGCCACGGACAACAGCACCCCGUCCUGCACCCACCAAAUACUCAACUGUCACGGAAUAUAUCUAACUAGGUAUUAGUAAUUCAAACAAUUGACAAAUCUGAUGUACUGACAUUUAAUAUUGUAGGUGUACCUUGUAACUUAUCUGUGAUCUCAAUGGAAUUUUUAACAAAAAAAAUGCAUUACAUAACUUUGUGCUGCACAUGAACUUGAUGUCAUGGAUUCAAAAGAUUCUAUUGGAUAUUAACUAGCCACAAUUAGUACUGAAAAUUAUUGAAAAUGUAUACCCAAAUAAUGUAAAUAUAUAUUAUGAGCUAUUAUUGUUGUUGACUCCAGCUGGAGAUAAUAGGUAAUAAAAAGAGUAUGAAUUUCA